GCCGGUGGAUACCCGAGGGAAGCGUAGGAAGUUAGAAUUCACGGUAUAACCCCAGCCAGGGAGCGAGCCUUUGCCGGAGCCGGAGCCAGAACCCCCCCCCGGACGAUCGGGCCGGAGCGGAGCUGCCAGACCCCUUACAGUGACGAAGACAGCAUAGCAUAGUGAGAGGAGAGCCAACCUAAAGCCAGGAAGACCUGGAAUCAAGCCCUGCCUUUAACACCCCCUGGCUGUGUGACCCUGAGAAGAGAAAAGUUGGUCAUCAGACUGGACCCAAUAUUUGAACAGAAAAUGGAGAGCACAAUUGGUGAGCAUAUGGUGCCCAAGCCUGAAGAAAAACAAGUGGCAGAAAACAUUAGUGACCAGCAGCAGGCCAAGAAAUGUACUGUGAUCGGGGGCUCUGGGUUUUUGGGCCAACAUUUGGUUGAACAGCUGCUGGCCAGAGGCUACGCGGUCAAUGUCUUCGACAUCCGGCAAGGAUUUGAGAACCCCAAGGUGAAGUUUUUCCUGGGAGACCUCUGCAAUAAAAAGGAUCUGUACCCUGCCCUGAGGGGGGUGAAGACGGUUUUCCACUGUGCAUCACCAGCACCAUCUUCUGAUAAUAAGAAGCUCUUUUAUAGAGUGAACUACACUGGCACCAAGACAGUCAUCGAAGCAUGCAAAGAGGUUGGAGUUCAGAAAUUCAUUUUAACCAGCAGCGCCAGUGUCGUCUAUGAGGGCGUCGACAUCAAGAAUGGGACUGAGGACCUCCCGUAUGCCAUGAAACCCAUCGACUACUACACUGAGACCAAGAUCUUGCAGGAGAGAGAGGUGCUGAAUGCCAAUGAACCCAGCAGUAAUUUCUUAACCACAGCAAUCCGCCCUCAUGGCAUCUUUGGCCCAAGAGACCAGCAUCUGGUCCCCAUCCUUGUUGAGGCAGCCAGGAGUGGCAGAAUGAAGUUUAUGAUUGGGAAUGGGAAGAAUUUAGUGGAUUUCACCUUUGUGGAAAACGUGGUCCAUGGCCACAUCUUGGCUGCAGAACACCUUUCCUCAGACUCCGGCUUAUGUGGACAGGCUAUUCACAUCACCAAUGACGAGCCGAUCCCUUUCUGGGCCUUCCUGUCCCGUAUUCUAACAGGCCUGAACUACGAGGCUCCAAAAUACCAUAUCCCCUACUGGUUGGCUUACUACCUGGCCUUCUUCUUGUCUCUGGUGAUCAUGGUAAUCAGUCCUCUCAUCAAGGUCAAGGCUACCUUCACACCCAUGCGAGUGGCACUGGCUGGCACGUACCACUACUACAGCUGUGAGAGAGCCAAGAAGCUGUUGGGCUACCAGCCACUGGUCACCUUGGACCAUGCUGUAGAGCGCACCGUGAAGAGCUUCUACCAUCUUCGCAAGGCCAACUAAAGUGCACCCACCCCCAGCAAAUAACUCCCUGGGGAAGCGAUAGCUCACUCUUGAUUUCCAGCCUGCACCUUGGGCCUCUGCUACUAAAAACAGGUUUCUCUUGGACCGGGGCCUCCUCUCUUUGGCAAAAGGGUAGAACUUCUGAUGCCUUAUUCUGAAUGGUACUGCUUGGGGGGAGGGAAGGGACAGUAUUGACCUUUGUAAGAACCAGCCCCCUUUGUAUUUCCUUCAGAUAAGGCAGCUGCCAAUUCCACCUCCCCCUUGCCCUGACCACGGUUUUCUGUUCUCCUUUUGCCCUUUCCCUCCAUUUUGCUGUUGUUUGAGCCCACCCUUGACGUUAUUUGCACUCUGACCAUCCCAUCACCCGUUCACAUCCUUAUUACCAUUCUGUGACCUCCCCCACCACCAUCCUGGAUUCACUAGCCUCCCCCAUUACUGUCAUUUUGGGCUCUUUGGCCUCCGCUGACCCCCCCAUUUUGUGCUAUUUGACACCCAUCCCUGCUUCAAUUUUGUGUUCUGACCACCCGCACCACCUCCAUUUCGUACUCUCUGACUUCCUGUACCAUCCCUAUUCUGUGCUCUCUGACAUGCCCCACCACCCUCAUUCUGUGCUCUCUGACCUCCCCCGCCACCCCCAUUCCGUGUUCUCAGACUACCACACCCAUUCUGUGCUCUCUGACCUCCCCCGCCACCCCCAUUCCGUGUUCUCAGACUACCACCCCCAUUCUGUGCUCUCUGACCUCUCCCUCCACUCUCAUUCAGUGUUCGCAGACUACCACCCCCCUACCGGGCUCUCUGAGCUUCCCCGUCACCCCGAUUCGGUGUUCUCAGACUACCACCCCCCUACCGGGCUUUCUGAGCUGCCCCGUCACCCCGAUUCGGUAUUCUCGGACUACCACCCCCCUACUGGGCUUUCGGGGCUCCCACGCCACCCCGAUUCGGUAUUCUCGGACUACCAGCCCCCAUCUGGGCUCUCGGAGCUGCCCCGUCACCCCGAUUCGGUGUUCUCGGACUACCAGCCCCCAUCUGGGCUCUCGGAGCUCCCGCGCCACCCCGAUUCGGUGUUCUCGGACUACCAGCCCCCGUCUGGGCUCUCGGAGCUCCCGCGCCACCCCGAUUCGGUAUUCUCGGACUACCAGCCCCCGUCUGGGCUCUCGGAGCUCCCGCGCCACCCUGAUUCGGUGUUCUCGGACUACCAGCCCCCGUCUGGGCUCUCGGAGCUCCCGCGCCACCCCGAUUCGGUGUUCUCGGAUUACCAGCCCCCGUCUGGGCUCUCGGAGCUCCCACGCCACCCCGAUUCGGUGUUCUCAGACUACCAGCCCCCGUCUGGGCUUUCGGAGCUCCCGCGCCACCCUGAUUCGGUGUUCUCAGACUACUACCCCCAGUCUGUGUUCUCUGACUACCACUCCCAUUCUGUGCUCUCCGACCUCUCCCACCACCCCCAUUCUUUGUUCUCCGAUGUCUCUGAUUAUUCCCAUUUUGUACUCUCUGACCACCCCCAUGACCCCCAUUCUGUGCUCUCUGACCUUUCUAAUUACCCCCAUUUUGUGCUCGCUGACCACCCUCACUACCCCUAUUCUGUGCUCUCUGACCUCUCCCACUACCCCCAUUCUGUGCUCUCUGACCUCUCCCACUACUCCAGUUCUGCGUUCUCUGACCUCCCCCAGCCUCAUUUUGUGAUCCCUGCCUUCCUGUACCACCCCCAUUUCGUGUUCUCGGACACCCACCCCCACUGCCAAUUUGUGCUCUCUGACAUCUAUCCCUACUGCUAUUUUGUGCUCUGAUCACCCUACUUCAAUUUUGUGUUCUCUGACUGCCCACGCAGCUCCUGUUUUGUGCUCUCUUGACCAUUCAUGCCACCCCAAUUUUAUGCUUCAGUGAAAACCCCCACCUCCAUUUUGUGCUCCCUUGCCCCGCCCCCUACUUUGUGUUCACCUGGCACCUAGUUGUGUGAUCUUGAGCAAAUUACUUCCCUUCUAUGAACCUCAGUUUCUACAUCUAUAAAAUGGGGAUGAUCCCAUUCGCCCUAUCUCCUUCACGGGGUUUGUUGUGAGGUUCAUAUCAGCUGACAUGUGACGGUACUUUGUAAAGUGCAAUCCGCGUGUAAAUUAUUUCUGUUACCUAGUGAGGGGAAGAGCUCCAUUCUGUGUUCUGCAAGGAGUAACCCUCUUCCCGUCUACCAGUGCAGAUUGAAGCCUUUUUAUGCCUUAGGAUAUGGUUUCCGUGAGUUGCUGUGGCCAAGAAAGAAUGCAUUCCCUGGUGGCUUACCUUAUGGAGCUAAGCCCCUCAGAGAACAGAUGCCCGGUCUAUCACUGGGCCCAGACUCUGAGCCUUUCCAGCCUGCUAAGCCUGCUUGAGCUCAGGCUCUGCCCACCGGCCACAGCCUUUGAGACCCUAGGGUCAAACGCGCCCCUAUGCCCCAUGAGGCAUUGGUGGAGGAGGGAGCCAUUACAUGACAUCACUCAUCCUUUUCUACUCAUUGGUGGGAUACUUGGAACAACGCGCUUUUGAGUGAAAUUUUCUGCUGUGGUUUUGCUUCUAAAUAAAGUUCAUAGUACUGUA